AUGGAGACAACUCCCGGGCUUGGGCUGCUGAGCCCCGACGCUCCGCUGGCUCAGAACCCCGCGGAGCUGCUGUGCAAGGUUGGAGCCGAGGUGGCGACGGCACGCUGGGACCAGCGGAAAUACUCUUUGCUCAUCGUGAUCGGUGAUAUCGGUACUGAGAGUCAGCUGAGGGCCGUGCGAACCCACCUUGAGCAAGGGAUUCUGUCCUGGAACAUUGACUUAUCAUCUUUUGACCUGAAUCAACAGUUGAGACUCUUCAUUACCCGGCAUCUAGCUCACUUCUCUUCAGAGGUCAAAGGCCAAAGGACCCUCUGUCACCAGAGUGAGAUUCUUGAAACCAUCAUCCUGGUGAACCCCAGUGCAGACAGCAUCAGCUCUGAGGUUCACCAUCUCCUUAGCAGCCCAUCCACUCACAAACUACUAAUCUUGAGUGGGCAAAGUUUAGAGCCUGGGGGAGAUCUCAUCCUACAGAGCGGCACCUACUCCUACCAAAACUUUGCCCAGGUCCUUCACAACCCAGAGAUUGCCCAAUUGCUCAGCAAUAGAGACCCUGGGAUCCAGGCCUUCCUCACCGUGUCCUGCUUAGGGGAGGGUGAUUGGAGCCACCUGGCACUAUCCAGUUCCCAAGAGACCCUGCACCUACGGCUAAACCCUGAGCCCACGCUGCCCACCAUGGAUGGUGUGGCCGAGUUCUCCGAGUACGUCUCUGAGACUGUAGAUGUGCCAUCCCCCUUUGACCUGCUAGAGCCCCCCACCUCAGGGGGUUUCCUCAAGCUCUCCAAGCCUUGCUGCUACAUCUUCCCUGGUGGUCGUGGGGACUCUGCCCUCUUUGCUGUCAAUGGUUUCAACAUCCUGGUAGAUGGUGGCUCUGAUCGCAAGUCCUGUUUCUGGAAGCUGGUACGGCACCUGGACCGUAUUGACUCAGUGUUGCUCACACACAUCGGAGCAGACAACCUGCCAGGCAUCAAUGGACUUCUGCAGCGCAAAGUGGCAGAGCUAGAAGAGGAACAAUCCCAGGGCUCUAGCAGCUACAGCGACUGGGUGAAGAACCUCAUCUCCCCCGAACUUGGAGUUGUUUUCUUUAAUGUGCCCGAUAAAUUACGGCUGCCUGAUGCCUCCCGGAAGGCCAAGCGUAGCAUUGAAGAGGCUUGCCUCACUCUGCAGCACUUAACUCGCCUGGGCAUUCAGGCCGAGCCUCUUUACCGUGUAGUCAGCAACACUAUUGAGCCACUAACCCUCUUCCAUAAAAUGGGUGUGGGCCGGCUGGAUAUGUAUGUCCUCAACCCUGUGAAGGACAGCAAGGAGAUGCAGUUCCUCAUGCAAAAGUGGGCAGGCAAUAGUAAAGCCAAGACAGGCAUUGUGCUGGCCAAUGGAAAGGAGGCUGAGAUCUCAGUGCCCUACCUGACUUCUAUCACUGCUCUGGUAGUCUGGCUACCAGCCAACCCCACGGAAAAGAUUGUUCGUGUCCUUUUUCCAGGGAAUGCUCCUCAAAACAAGAUCUUAGAGGGUCUAGAAAAGCUUCGACACCUGGACUUCCUGCGCUACCCUGUAGCCACACAGAAGGACUUGGCUGCUGGGGCUGUACCUACCAGCCUUAAACCCAGCAAAAUUAAACAACGGGCUGACAGCAAAGAGAGCCUCAAAGCCACUACUAAGAUAGCUGUGAGCAAGCUGGCAAAACGGGAGGAGGUGGCUGAAGAGGGAGCCAAGGAGGCUCGCUCAGAGCUGGCCAAGGAGUUAGCCAAAACUGAGAAGAAGGCAAAAGAGGUAUCUGAAAAGCCCCCAGAGAAACCUGUCAAACCUGAGAGGGUGAGGACAGAGUCAAGUGAGGCACUGAAAGCAGAGAAGCGAAAGUUGAUCAAGGACAAGGUGGGAAAGAAGCAUCUGAAAGAAAAGAUAUCUAAGCUAGAAGAGAAAAAAGACAAGGAGAAAAAAGAGAUAAAAAAAGAGAGGAAGGAGCUCAAGAAGGAUGAAGGAAGAAAAGAGGAGAAGAAGGAUGCUAAGAAGGAGGAGAAGAGGAAAGAAAACAAACCUGAGGUCAAGAAGAUUUCCAAACCAGACCUGAAGCCCUUUACCCCUGAGGUACGUAAGACCUUGUAUAAAGCCAAGGCCCCUGGAAGAGUCAAGAUGGACAAGAACCGAACUGUCCGUGGGGAGAAGGAGAUGCCCUCUGAGCCACGGACACCCACAACCCAGAAGGUCCCACUCCCACCAGUCACUGCGCAAAGGGAGCUGGCCUUGUCCUCACCAGAGGACCUUACACAAGACUUUGAGGAAAUGAAGCAGGAGGAGAGGGGGUUGCUGACUGAACAAAGGGACAUAGGAGUAGGAGAAAAAGCACUUCCUCCAGAUACUUUAGAUGAGGGCUCCCCAAGCAUAGCUACCCAAAAAAUACCAAGCCUGGAACAAGAACAGCUUGUGGUGAACAAAGAGGUUGCACCAAACAUCUCUGGAGAACAAGGGAGCAAGGGCAGAGGUUUAGACUCCGGGGCUGAACCAGAAGAGAAAGAUACCUGGGAGGAAAAGAAGCAGAAGGAAGCAGAGCAGCUCCCAGAUAGAAUAGAAGCCCGAGAGGAAAGUGAACCUGAGGUAAAAGAGGAUGUGAUCGAGAAGGCUGAAUUAGAAGAAAUGGAAGAGGUACACCCUUCAGAUGAGGAGGAAGAGGAAGAGACAAAGGCUGAGAGUUUUUACCAAAAGCAUAUGCAGGAAGCCUUGAAGUUCACCCCAAAGGGCAGAGAAGUUCUUGGAGGCCGCGAACUGGGAUUCCAAGGUAAGGUCCCUGAGAAGGAGACCUCAUCGUUCCUAAGCAGCCUGGCUACACCUGCAGGAGCCACUGAGCAUGUCUCCUAUAUCCAGGAUGAGACAAUCCCUGGAUACUCAGAGACUGAGCAGACCAUCUCAGAUGAGGAGAUCCAUGAUGAGCCAGAGGAGCGCCCAGCUCCACCUAGAUUUCCUACAAGUACAUAUGACCUCCCAGGGUCUGAAGGUCCUGGUCCAUUUGAGACCAGCCAGCCUAUAGACAGUGCUGUUCCUGCCACCUCCAGCAAAGGCUAUGGAGCACCAGAAACUGAACUCACCUACCCCCCCAACAUGGUAGCCGCCCCUUUGGCUGAAGAGGAGCACGUGUCCUCAGCCACUUCAAUCACAGAGUGUGACAAGCUUUCUUCCUUUGCCACAUCAGUGGCUGAAGACCAGUCUGCAGCUUCACUCACAGCUCCCCAGACAGAGGAGACAGGCAAGAGCUCCCUACUGCUUGACACAGUCACAAGUAUCCCUUCCUCCCGUACUGAAGCCACUCAGGGAUUGGAUUAUGUGCCAUCAGCUGGUACCAUCUCACCCACCUCCUCCCUGGAAGAAGACAAGGGCUUCAAAUCACCACCCUGUGAGGACUUCUCUGUGACUGGGGAGUCUGAAAGGAGAGGAGAAAUCAUAGGGAGGAACUUACCUGGAGAGAAAGUUGGGAAAGAGAGAGAGGAGACUACAAACGGAGAGUUAUCUGAGAAACUUCACAGUCAAUAUGGAACCCCAAUGUUUGGUGCCCCUGGGCAUGCCCUGCAUUCAGGGGAACCAGCCCCUGGAGAUGCAGAGGAGCGCUGCUUCAGCCCAGAUGACAGCACAGUUAAGAUGGCCUCUCCACCACCAUCUGGCCCACCCAGUGCCACUCACACACCCUUUCAUCAGUCCCCAGUGGAAGAAAAGUCUGAGCCCCAAGACUUUCAGGAAACAGGCUCUUGGGGAGAUGAUAGGCGCACACCAGGUGUGGGCAAAGAAGAUACUACAGAGGAGAUAGUCAGGUCCAGGCCUGAAGAGGACACAUUCAAGAAGGAGGAGGAGGUGUCUUCUCCUAGGAGCCCCCAAGCUCAGGAAGCAUCCAUCAGCAUUGUUGGGGGACACACAGGUUGCACCAUCCAACUGUUGCCAGAUCAAGACAAAGCAAUAGUCUUUGAGACUGUGGAGGCAGGAGAGUCCAUAGGACCAAUUCUGGGAGUAGAAGCCCUUUCCAGAGACAUGAGGGCAUCACUCCAAGAACGUGGAGAAUCUCAGAAAGAUGAGGUGCUCCAAUUUUCUGAUCAAGGCCUCUCCCCUCAAGAGGCAGAAUCCCUCUCUGUACUCAGUAUGGUCUCCCCAGACAGUGUCAACCAAGAGCCCACCCCUAGGUCUCCCUGUGGCCUGACAGAGCAGCACCUACACAAAAACCUUUGGUCAGAGAUGUCUCCAGAAGACACCCAGUCACUUUCUCUCUCCGAGGAGAGUCCCAGCAAGGAAACCUCACUAGAUAGCUCUUCUAAGCAGCUCUCUCCGGAAAGACUUGGCAUCCUACAGUUUGGAGAAUUAAGCCUUGGAAAGGAAGAAAAGGGGCAUCUAAUGCUGGCUGAGGACCCCUCUCACCGCCUAGCCUCUAUGUUUGUUCCAGAGCCCCAUGCAGCCACAGUGUCACCUCCGACAGAGAGGAUCACUGGAUACUCUUCACAGCCAGAUAUCACAGAUGAGAGCCCUAACAAAAAACUGCCUGCCAGCUCCUCCUCGCACUCGACACUGUCAAGAGAUGGGAAACACUCAUCUGGAGUGACCACAAGCCCUGGUGAACACAUAUUGACCUCUGAUAGCUCUCUCACCAAGAGUCCUGAGUCUUUGCCAAGUCCUGCCAUGGAGGACAUUGCUACGGAAUGGGAUGGUACUAUUCCAGGGUUGAAAGACAAAACAACCCCAGAACAGAAGGACAAGGUGCCUGAACCAAAGGAGGGAAUUCUACAGCAACAGGACAAAACUCUAGAGCAAAAAGAUUUUACUGUAGAGCAGAAGGAUACAGUUGCCAAUCAGAAAGCUGAGGCAUUGGAAGAAAAGAACAAGGCUGUGGAACAGCAGGAUAAGACAUUAGACCAAAGAGACAAAGACCUCGAACAAACAAACAAGUAUCUGGAUCAGAAGGGCGAGGCCUUGGAACUAAAAGACACAGACUUAAAACAAAAAGACAGAGACAUAGAACAAAAAGACACAGCCCUAGGAGAGAAAGGCAAGACUCUGGAACCAAAAGGCACAGACUUAGAACAAAAAUACAAGGCCCUGGAACAGCAGGGUAAAAUCCUAGAAGAGAAAGACAAAGCCUUAGAACAAAAAGAUAAGGUUCCAGAAGACAAGGUCCCUGAACUAAAGGGCAAGGCCUUUGAUCAGACAGACAAGGAACAGGAGGAACAGGACCAUGUCUUAGAACAAAAAUACUGGGCCUUAGAACAGAGGGAUGAAGCCCUAGAACAAAGCAGUAAGCUGGUAGAACAGAAAGAUAAGGAAGAAAAGGACAAAACUCGGGAACAGGUGAGCUCAGUGCAGGAGGUGAAAACCAUUGAACCAAAGGAGACGACCCUAAAGGAAAAACCCUCAGAAAAGGGGACCGUGGAACAGAAUGCAGAAGCUCAACAGGAGCAAAAGGACAAGGCCCAAGGGCAGGAAGAUAAAUACUGGAGAAAGGAGCAGGAUGUGGUCCAGGAAAGGCAAGAAACAGCUCUAACUAGGAGAGAGCCAGUUGGAGAACAGAAAGAGACUGCCCAGUCUUGGGAGGACACAUCUCCUGAGCAGGAGGAUAGGUACUGGAAGGGCAGAGAGGAUGCAUGUCAGGAACAGGACACAUACUGGAGGGAGCUGAGCUGUGAAAGGAAGGUCUGGUUCCCUCAUGAGCUGGAUGGCCAGGGGGCCCGCCCACGGUACACUGAGGAACGGGAGAGCACAUUUCUUGAUGAAGGGCCAGAUAAUGAGCAAGAAGUACCGCACCUGGAGCAUACACCCCGGAGUCCCUGGGCCUCAGACUUCAAGGGUUUCCAGGCAUCUUCAUCACAGAAGGGGCUGGAGGUGGAGCGCUGGCUUGCUGAGUCACCAGUUGGGCUGCCACCAGAGGAAGAAGACAAGCUGACUCACUCCCCCUUUGAGAUCAUCUCCCCUCCAGCUUCCCCACCUGAGUUGGCUGGACAUAGAGCUCCUCCAGCCCCAGGACAUGAGAGCCCAGUCCCAGAGUCUAAGUCCAUGCCACCCAUGAGGAAAGAACCCACCACUCCCUCAUGGCUGGCUGACAUCCCACCGUGGGUGCCCAAGGAAUCAUCCUUGCCCCCUGCACCUCUCUCCCCAGCUCCAGCUCCCCCAAGUCCUGCCCCAGAGCCACUCACUCCCGCGCCCUACUCCUGGGGUAUAGCCGAGUAUGACAGUGUGGUGGCUGCAGUGCAGGAGGGGGCAGCUGAGUUGGAAGGUGGGCCAUAUUCCCCCUUGGGGAAGGAUUACCGCAAAGCUGAAGGGGAAACAGAAAAAGAAGGUGAGGCUGGGGCUCCUCACAGCAUCCAUUGCAGCUCCAAAAUCCCAGAGGCUGGUGAGAGCUAUGCCACCAAGGAGCCUGAGCCGACUGAGCUGGAGCAGAGAGAGCCUACGCCCUACCCUGAUGAGAGAAGCUUUCAGUAUGCAGACAUCUAUGAGCAGAUGAUGCUGACUGGGCUUGGUCCUGCAUGUCCCACCAGGGAGCCUCCACUUGGAGCAGCUGGGGAUUGGCCCCCACGCAUCUCAACCAAGGAGGAGGCUGCUGGCCGAAACACAUCUACAGAGAAGGAGCUUUCAUCUCCUGUCUCACCCAAGAGCCUCCAAUCUGACACCCCAACCUUCAGCUAUGCAGCCCUGGUGGGACCCCCUGUGCCCCCCAGACAGGAGCCUGAAUCAGGGCUAAGUGUGGAGCCUAGCCCCACACCACCUGCAGUACCCCCCCGUGCUCCUGUCCCCCUGAGCAAAGACCCAAGCUCCCCUCUUAAUGAUAACAUCCUGAGCUGCAGCCCAGAUAGGAGGAUCCUGUCCCCCAAGGAAGCAGGCCAGGGUCACUGGGAUGACAGCACUAGUGACUCAGAGUUGGAGAAAGGGGCUCGAGAGCAGCCAGAGAAAGAGGCCCAGUCCCUAAGUCCCCCUCGCCCCAUCCCUGCAGGACCCUCAACAUUGUGGUCUGAAACUGAGGCACGUACCAGUCAUUCUUCAGACUCACCCCCAGGUCCUGCCCGGCCCAGUCUGGACUUCCCUGCCUCAGCCUUUGGCUUCUCCUCAUUACAGCCAGCUCCCCCACAGCUACCCUCUCCAGCUGAACCCCGCUCAGCACCCUGUGGGUCCCUUGCUUUUUCUGGGGACCGAGCUCUGGCUCUGGCUUCAGGGCCCCCCACUAGAGCCCGGCAUGAUGAGUACCUAGAGGUAACUAAGGCCCCCAGCCUGGACUCCUCACUACCCCAGCUCCCAUCUCCCAGCUCUCCUGGGGCCCCUCUCCUCUCCAAUCUGCCACGACCUGCCUCACCAGCGCUGUCUGAAGGCUCCUCCUCUGAGGCCACCACACCUGUGAUUUCAAGUGUAGCUGAGCGUUUCCCUCUAGGUCUGCAAGGUGCAGAACAGGGUUCUGAAGAGCUAGUUCCAGGAAUAGAACCAGCUGCCCACAGUCUCUGGGACCUCACUCCUCUGAGCCCGGCACCCUCAGCUUCACUGGACUUGGCUCCAGCUCCACACCUGCUUGGAGACAUGGAUGAUGGCACCCUGCCCUGCCACUUGGAGUGCUCAGGGACAGCCACCAAGAAGCCAAGCCCCUUCCAGGGUCCCUCUGGGGAUUGUGCAACCAAUGGGCCAACCGAAACCAGCUCCAAACCUCCAGGACCUUGCCUGGCCAACAUUGCAAAGGAAGAGGCUGAGGCCUAUACUGCCUGGGAACGUGGGGCCUGGCCUGAAGGAGCUGAGAGGGGCACCCGGCCUAACACACUGCUCUCCCCUGAGCAGCCACUGUGUUCUGGAGGGGGCCCUGAAGGCCGACUCAGCAGCAUCUCCCCUGAAGCUGAGGCCGGGCCCCAGGGAUGUGCUGCGGAGCCUCAGCCCCACUGUGGGGAGCUCUCGCCAUCCUUCCUGAGCCCACCUCUGCCCCGAUCCACAGAUGACAGUGACCUCUCAACUGAGGAAGCUCGGCUGGUAGGGAGAGGAGGGAGACGUCGGGCGGGGGGCCCAGGGACAACAGGGGGCCCAUGCCCUGUGGCUGAUGAGACACCCCCAACAUCAGUCAGUGACUCAGGCUCCUCACAAUCAGAUUCUGACGUUCCACCAGAAACUGAAGAGUGCCCAUCCAUCACAGCUGAGGCAGCCCUUGACUCAGAUGAAGAUGGGGACUUCCUGCCUGUGGACAAAGCUGGGGGGGUCAGUGGAACUCACCAUCCCCGGCCUGGUCACGACCCACCACCUAUACCCCAGCCAGACCCCCGCCCAUCCCCUCCCCGCCCUGACGUGUGCAUGGCCGACCCUGAGGGGCUCAGCUCAGAGUCUGGGAGGGUGGAGAGGCUACGAGACAAGGAGAAGGCUCAGGGGCGAGUAGGGCGCAGGGCCCCAGGAAGGGCCAAGCCAGCAUCCCCUGCACGCCGUCUAGAUCUUCGAGGGAAACGCUCACCCACCCCGGGUAAAGGGCCUGCAGAUCGAGCAUCCCGGACCCCACUCCGACCACGGAGCACUCCAAGCCAGGUUGUCCCAGGAGAGGAAAAGGAUGGACACAGUCCCAUGUCCAAAGGCCUAGUCAAUGGACUCAAGGCAGGACCAACAGCCUUGGGGCCCAAGGGUGGCUCUGGUGCCCCUGUGUACGUGGAUCUGGCCUACAUCCCGAAUCAUUGCAGUGGCAAGACUGCUGACCUUGACUUCUUCCGUCGAGUUCGUGCAUCCUACUAUGUGGUCAGUGGGAAUGACCCUGCCAAUGGCGAGCCAAGCCGGGCUGUACUGGAUGCUCUGCUGGAUGGCAAGGCCCAGUGGGGGGAGAAUCUUCAGGUGACUCUGAUCCCUACUCAUGACACGGAGGUGACUCGUGAGUGGUACCAGCAGACUCAUGAGCAGCAACAACAACUGAACGUCCUGGUCCUGGCUAGCAGUAGUACUGUGGUCAUGCAGGAUGAGUCCUUCCCCGCCUGCAAGAUUGAGUUCUGA